AUGGAUCUCCAUAACAGGUGAUGAAUAGUUUUAUUUGGGGACUAUAUUAACUUUUACUAUUGGGGGAAAGUUUUAGAUUGGUUUGCCAGUUUUUACCCCAUCAAGUUGAGGCCAAUAGAUAUACAUUCACAACCCUGUACCCAUCAAAUAAUCAACUAUAUGGGUGACUUUGUAACUGAUUCAUACAACCACAUUUCCUUUCUCCACUCUGUAGCAGCUUUUUCUCUGUAUUUGAAAAGAUAAAGAAGGAGAAUAUAAUGAACAAGGAAUAUGAUCUGGAUGAGUAUGGUGAGGAUCUAACCUUGACAAGUGAGGGGGCUAGGAAGAUGGCUUUGCGGUCCAGCAUAGGAUAUGAUGGGUGCUGCUUCAUAUUAUUGAAUUCCUGUUCCACAAAGAAGUAGUCUUUGAACUCUUUACUCUCCUACUUUUAAGACUCGCCAGAUUCUGGGACAUGGAGAGUCUGGAAUGCUUUCUAGUGACAAUGUGUCAGCCAGCUCCUGCUCCAGCCCUGCCUUCUUCUCCUCUUCCAUUAUUUCCCAAUUUCCCCCUCAUCUGCCUCUGAUAUGUGACCUGCAGCAAACCCCUGAUGUAGCUCUAUACUGUCUUCCUCUUCCUCCUCCCUGGAAGGGACAAGAUGGGGUGGUGGUCUCCACCACUCCUCCUCCUCUGCCCACCCCUGACACCUCCAUCCACCUGCCCACUAGACCAACCCAACCGCUGCCAUGUAUCAGCUGCCAGGCUCUGUGCCUGUUGUGGGGGCAGCUGGUUACAUCUACUAAAAAAUGUGUGCCCAGGGCCACAGGCCCCCUGCUGCCCCUUACUAUGCCUCUGGGGCUAAUGAAGAAUAACAAAUUUGAUCUGAAAUGCAGGAGGCAAGGCAACUGUCCCCACUCUUCCCAAAUGGUGGUCCCGGAGCUGCACUGAAAGCUGUUUAACAAUCAUAUUUGAAACUUCCUAUGGCGUUCACAUGGGGCCCCCGGUCCUUCCACGGACUAUUGACCCUGCACCACCACGGUUUAUCUCUUCCACUGCCACCAACCAGGUUUCUCCGGUAACAAAUUCAGACUCAGUCAGGUUGUAACGUAUUAACAAAGAUUCCAGUUUAUUGUGAACACAAACAAGUUUUAAAUACUUUGAAACACUGUAAUCCAAUUCACUCUCUAUCUCCCCUCUGUCUCUAACCCACUCUGACUCCUGUGCAUCCCACCCACAAGAAACCAACUGAAUUAACUGCCAAAACCCCUGUGUCAUGAGGUUGUGUACACUAACAUCUUCCCAAUUCCUCUGCUUGCUGUUGGUGUCUGUCACCAGAUGUCGUCCUUUCAAAAACCAUGAAUUUAGUAAUUUUCCUACUCAUAUUGAAAUACUGCCCCUCAAUGAGGCCAAACCUUCAUCAGAGGUAGGGCAAAACAGGGCUUACCAAAGAUCUGUAGGAUCAUAUGCAGGGAUAGGUGAAUCAGUCAAUUUCAGUUUCUCAUUUUCCAGGGUUAAAUUCAGUUUUCCACAUUUCCACAGCCACUUGCAAUUAUAUCUGUCAUCUGUCUAUCUCAGGAAAAUUCAUCAGCAUUCUAAUAAUAAUAAUAACAACAACAACCCAUCCAUCUGGCUGGGGUUCCCCAGGAUUUUAUAUGUUGUUUUGACUAAAAUACACAUUUUUGCAAUCCAUUUCCCUUAACAUAAUGCAUUUAUGUGUGUUAUUUCCAUGAAUAUACUGCAUACAUUUUUUGCACAUUUUGCCCUCAUUUAUGCAUUUUUGUAGACAUUGUAUGGUUGGAGAUUUGCAUUGCAAAAUUUGGAGAACUACACGUUUAGAAGUAUGGCUGUGUUUUGGUUCAUGUACUUGAUCAAAAAGUACAAAUUAGGUAGUUACUCAUUGAAAUUCAAACAGAACCCCAGAUAAGAGGCUGAUCCAGGCCUCCCUGCUACAACAGCCUUGAACUGCUGACUCAACAACAGAGAAAGCCCAUUUCGCUCCUCUUCUCUAGCCACUGCAAGUUGCAGGGCUUCAGAUAUGGUGGUGGUCCUGGUGCUCCAUUCUGCCUUGAUGUUCCCUGGCUAGAGAUAAGAUUGCCCCAUUGGCUAUUUGCAUUCCCCCCCCCAAAGUCUUAUGUAGUUUUAUACUGGCUUUCAAGACUUGCAGCAGGAAGCAGGAAAGGACCUCUACAGCCCCUGUUCCUGCCAUGUCUUAACAGAGAAACAGUGAGAGGCAAAUUGGAGUUGGAAGCUAGAGCUCUUUAUGGGAAUGGUUUUGUUGUUGUUGUUAAUGGAAGGCCUGAUGGGCUGGCAUGUUUUUCACAUUCCCUAGGGCGCUCUAUCUACUGGGCAGUUUUUAUGUGAUUUGAUAAUCGGUUGACUGUGGCUGCCUGGCGAACUCCUCAUGUUGAUUUUUCAUCAUGGCCUUUUGUAAAUGAAGCAACAGAUGGAGGAUGAAAAAAACCCCACAUUAGCAGUAUGGGGAGCAUGAGAUGGUUUCUCAGAGGACUACCUCAGCUGAAAUAAGGAACGGCAGGACACUCAGAGGAAGAGACUGCUGCCUAUGGCACUGGAGGUAUGGUACAACAACCAACUGUUUUUUAGACAGCUCUAGUGGGUGAACCUCCCUCAAAGCAGGCUUCCUCAAUCUCGGCCCUCCAGAUGUUUUUGGCCUACAACUCCCAUGAUCCCUAGCUAGCAAGACCAGUGGUCAGGGAUGAUGGGAAUUGUAGUCUCAAAACAUCUGGAGGGCCGAGGUUGAGGAAGCCUGCUCAAAAGCAUCUCUCCUUGCAAAGUGAACAGAUCAAGUGUGGAUCCUGGGUGAAUGAGCUGUGCCAGGGGCACUGGCGGAGGAAGGGGGGUGUGGUGGUGGCGGUCCGCCCUGGGUGGCAACCCUGAAGGGGGUGACAUCACCGCCCUACCCCCCUGGGAUGCUCACUGUAGGUGACGCCCCCUGGGACGCUCACUGCUCUGCACAGGUGGCGCCCCCUGGGGGACAUCUCAGGAGGGCCUUAUUCCCAGCCUUUGAAUCACAAGUAGGGUUCUAACCAACUUCUGCUCACAUCUGUUAAUGGCAUAUGAUUCAAGUGCCCUAAUUUUCAAUGGACAGUUCCGGAAUUACGAAAGUCAUUCCAUCAUCUGAUUUGAUCCUGCCAGUGUUGCUGCUGCUGUUGAGCUCAGGAGGAAGGGUGAGCCAGAGCUUGUCUCAAGUGGAGACUGUGGCAGUGGCAGCUGUGAGUGAGCAUCCUAUUGCCUCUCCAUUGCCUCCCUUGAGCAGCUCGUAGCAGCUGCUGGAGAGUAGGCGACGAGGAGGAGAGGCUGCCACCGCCAAGGCCCAGCCCCACAUGGUGCACAAGCUCUGAGGAGCAGUCAGAGGGCUGGGCUGCCCUGAGUGGGAGGACAAGGUAGGCUUGCCAUACAUCAGGAAAAUUCCUGACUUGUCCUGGUUUUCGGGUGUAAAAAUGACGUGAGGGAGGGAAUUGGCAAAAUGUCAGGGGAAACCCGGAUGCAUGGCAACGCAGCGGAAACAGCACCAAAAGUUUAAAAUCACUAUUUUUGUGGGAGGCGUCCCCAAAAUGCUGAGCAAUCUGGGUUUGUUCCCAAAAAAAUAAGGCAACCCUAGGACGGGGGGAAUAGAAGGGAGUGCAAGGGGUCUUGAUCAUUUGCAAAAUUCUUUGUGUGACCGUAUCUAAACUUGCGCAUUUCUAAAAUUCAUUUAUUGGCGUGUGUUUUUCUUUUUGUAAAUCUACCAAAGAAUGAAAUCAGGAUUAAGGGGUUUUCUCAGGACCGGGGGGGGGGGCAUGAGUUCUGUGUCCCAUGGGUGUUGUGGUGGUGGCAGAUAGGCAUAGCUGCCAACUUUUCCCUUUUCUUGCGAGGAAUCCUAUUUGGAAAAGGGAAUUUCCCUUAAAAAAGGAAAACGUUGACAGCUAUGCAGAUAGGAAAUGCUCUACACAGUGGAAGGGCAAAAAAUGGGGUGUGUGAGAGGAGGGUCAGUUGGUCAGUGAGAAAUGUCCCUUUUUUCAUCUGAAGAAAACUGGAGGGCGUGUAACAGCUAUUGUUUUAUGUUUUGUUAAUCAAGUUGUUUUGGUAUGUUUAAUCCCAGCUAUUGCCAUGAUUCUCUUUAUUUCCUUCCCAUUGCAUUUCUUCUAUUCUUACAUUCUUCCUCUGGCUCUAUAUUCCCAUGUGUGCCACCUAUUCCUUGAAUCAAUAGGCCUCUUCCCACCCAAAGUAUCUUAUUUCAUUGGACGUGCAAAGUAUCUUAUUUCAUGAAUCAAAUUGGACAUAUUGAAAUUCCAUAUAAACUCAAACAUGAUGCAUCACAAUGGAGUCAUUUCACACCUUUGGCUACCGGUAUCCCAGCACAGAAGGCUGAUCACCAAAGAAUUGAUGCUUUUGAAUUAUGGUGCUGGAAGAGACACUUGAGAGUCCCAUGGACUGCAAGAAGAUCAAACCGAUCCAUUCUGAAGGAAAUCAGCCCUGAGUGCUCACUGGAAGGACAGAUCCUGAAGCUGAGACUCCAAUACUUUGGCCACCUCAUGAGAAGAGAAGACUCACUGGAAAAGAUCCUGAUGUUGGGAAAGAUGGAAGGUACAAGGAGAAGGGGACGACAGAGGAUGAGAUGGUUGGAUAGCGUUCUCGAAGCUACCAGCAUGAGUUUGACUAAACUGUGGGAGUCAGUGGAAGACAGAAGUGCCUGGCGUGCUCUGGUCCAUGGGGUCACGAAGAGUCGGACACGACUAAACAACAAUAACAAUCCCAGCACAGAGCUGUAGCUCAGUGAUACAGCAUCUGCUUUGCAUGCAGAAAAUCCCAGGUUCAGUCCUCAUCAAGGAUGUUUCCUAUUUGAAAUCACAGAACGCUGCUGCUGCUCAGUGUAGGCAGAACCGAGAAGGAUGAACCAAUGGUCUGAUUCACUAUAAGGCAUUGCCUAUGCUCGUCUUCCUAAAUACAGUGGAACCUUGGUUCUCAAACCUAAUCCAUUGUGGAAGUCUGUUUGACUCCUGAAGCCUUUCGAAAACCAAGGUGUGGCUUCCAAUUGGCUGCUGGAGCUUCCUGCUCUCAAGCAGAAGAUGUGUCGGAUGUUCAGCUUCCGAAAAACGUUUGAAAUCUGGGACACUUACUUCCCAGUAAGUGUCCCAGUUUUCGGCAUUAGGGAGUUUUCGGCAUUAGGGAGCCAAUUUGUUCAUCAACUAAGCCGUUUGAGAACCAAGGUUUCACUGUAAAGUGAUAUACCUGCUUUUGUGAACCAGCCCUUAGUAAAUCAUGUGGUCACAAUCAUCUGCCCACCCUGUGGAAUGCCCUCCCAUCAGAUGUCAAGGAAAUAAACAACUAUCUGACAUCAGAAGACAGCCCUGUAUAGCGAAAAUUUUAAUGUCUGAUGUUUUAUUGUGUUUUUAAUAUUCUGUUGGCAGCUGCCUAGAGUGGCUGAGGCAACCUAGUCAGAUGGGCAGCAUAUAAAAAACAUUAUUAUUAUUAUUAUUAUUAUUAUUAUUAUUCACAGGUUUCUGGAAUUCUUGCUGCCUUUCAAUGUGGAGGCUUAUUUGACAUUUAGGACAGUUGCCGAGUCACACACAUCAGUUUCAGGAGAAUUGCCCAAGGCUGCCGAUCCUUUUUUUACCCAGAAGAAUGAGGUGUAAUCACCGAGACACAUCACCGAAGCUGUCAACAAAUGUUGGCAUUCCUUCCUGGCUGCUGUUCAUUGCUUAUCAAAUAAUCACUUCUUGUAAUAGGGGAGCAGAGUGUAAACAUGCUCUUUGCUAAUUUGCCAGUCCUUGAACAUCUGAUUCUAAGGCAGAAUGAACAGGAAAUACUCAUGAGCUCCGUGACGGCCUAGUUUGGUUCCAAUUAAAAUUUUAAUGAAACUCGAGCAGAACCCAACUGUGACUGGUGGCACAGCUUUUGAUUCAGCUGUGCCCUUCUUAUGUCACCUCAUUUGGCAGGGUUUCUAUGAUCAGACAUUGAUACUGGGAGCUGAUGAGAUCGAGCCACAUUAAAACUGAGGAGGGCUUGGAGCAAAUUACUCUACAGAGUUGCUCUUUCAGUUGUUGUUGGCAGAUUGACAAUCCAAAUCACCUAGAUCUCUGUUGCUUAUUUUAUUUUUUAAUAAUAAUAAUAAUAAUAAUAAUAAUAAUAAUAAUAAUAAUAAUAUAUGGAUAUCCCAGGAGACUAAGAAGGGAGGAAAAUGAUUAUACUGUACACCAGCCAGUGGAGGAUGCUUGUGGCUAUAAGAACAAGACUCCCCCACCCCUAAGAGAGGCUGUGGAAAUAAAUAACAUUUCACAAGGAUCCAUGAGUGGAUUAGCAAGUGAAAGGACUGUGAGAUGAGUCCCAUUGCUAGAAACCACUUAUAGCCUGAGCAUGUGCUAUGAGGUACCCUGGCCUUUAAUUCUAAGUGCACAGAAGCUCCCAUCCUGUGGCAUCAUUAUUUAGCUGACUCUGAUUGGCAUCUUAUCAGUGCACAUGAAUCCUCACGCAUAUUAUUAUUAUUUAUUGGAUUUAUAUACCGCCCUAUACCCGGGGGUCUCAGGGUGGUUCACAGAAUCAAAUCAAGAUAUAAAACCACAAAAUACCUAAUAAAAAUAAAAACAACAACCCAAUAGCCCCCCUCACAAAAAAUACAUUUUAAAAGGGCAUAGGAUGUAAAUCAGAUCAACCAAAGGCCUGGUUAAAAAGGAAUUUUUUUGCCUGGCACUUAAAGGUGUAUAAUGAAGGUGCCAGGCGAACUUCCCUGGGGAGAGCAUUCCACAGAUGGGGAGCCACUGCAAAAAAGGACUGUUCUUGUGUUGCUACCCUCUGAACCUCUCGAGGAGGAGGUACACAAAGAAGGGCCUCAGAAGAUGAUCUCAGGGUCUGGGUAGGCUGAUAUGGAAAGAGGUGGUCCUUGAGGUAUUGCGGUCCUGAGCCGUUUAAGGCUUUAUAGGUCAAAACCAGGACUUUAAAUGGGGCCCAGAAACUAUGCAUUUUUAUGGUAGGGGAGGUACAGCAGAUGCAAAGGAACUGCAGGGGUUAAAAGGCAAGGAAAACUGAGUGUUCUCCAUUUCAGUUAUUAUUAUUAUGAAUUGAUUUUCUAUUAUCAAUUUUGGAAAAUCAUCUGGAUAAACUGUUAUUCAAAUGAAAUGUUAGUGUAGGUUAGCGUAGAGCGUACAAGAGUAUUGAUAACAGACUAAAAUGGAGAAAAUCUGAUCCACAGAAACCAUAGGGGAUAAGGAAGUGAAACAUUGCUGUUUUAGAGGGUAGGGAAGUCUUUGGCCUUGCAUCAUUUUCUGACCUUGAGGACAGAGUUUACUGUGGACUUAUAAUGGGGAACCUCCUAUUGUUUUCCCUACCUGUUUGCUCUAGUCUUCUAAGUUUCCCCAGGAGAAGCAAACAGAUACAUUUGAAGCAGAAUUACAUUGUGUCUCUGUGUGACUCCAUUUGCUAGAUGCUGAGAACAAGUAGGAUCUUUGAGGCCAAGAGUCGACGUCUUAACCAGCCGUCCUCCAUGGCUCUAAUAAAAGUCAAUUACUAUCUCCGUGACCUUGGACAAGUCAACUCAACUUCAUGGAUCCUCCUGCUGCUCAGCUGUAAAAUGAAGCGAGAGCUUAGAGGGAAACAGAUGCUGUGUUUAUGUGGCAUUUUUCCAGGGUAAAUAAAUUAUAGGAUAUAAUAAUAAUUAAUUAAUAGCUGGCAGUCAGUGCGUGGCAAUUAGGCCGUCAGAGCCAUUAGCACUGUACCUAAACAAAAUUCAUUUUCAUUAGGGAUGCUAAUGCAUUCAAGAAGCUGUUGACACCCCUAUGCACAUUCAGACUUGCCUUCACCAUUGCCAGAAAUUGACUUGCCUGAGGUUGGUAAGAUUUGUUCAACUGCCUGCCCAAAAUUCUCAUCCAUGCUUGUCUCUUCUGGGGAUAGCAUUCUUGGCAUUGCUGUAAUUGUGAGAUGUUGUAAUUAUGUAAUCAUAGCACGGUGUGUGCUGUUUCUCAACUGUAGUGGUUCUAGGGGUUGCUCGUGCGUAAGCCGGUUCAAACACCUGGCUGGGUUGCCUGAGUGAACCUUUUCUGUCCGGACAGCCACUCACCUGUGGCUGUCUCAAUCGCUGGCAGAAUCCGUCAAUGGGCGUUUCUUAAACUUCUUCCAGCAAAGAAGCUCUUUGACGCCUAGUCUCCUCCUACUCUCUCUGCGCGAAAGCCUUCUGCGCAAGGAGGGCGUAGGCAGCGGAGGACCCCUACUCUCCCCGCUGGUCCCUGGCAAGGAGUCAUGGGACCGCCUCGCCGCUUCCCCAUCUGCCCCCCUUCUCCACUGGUGCUACGCUGAUUCUCUUCCCCAGAAGAUGGGCUGCCUCUCCCAAUCCCGGGACGCUCUCUGGAAUCCCUCUGGAUCUUGCUCUCUCCCUCCGGCACUGAUGGCAGUUCUCUGACAUCAACCAACAAGAUUUAUGUGCUAUCACUGAUGUUGUGUGCCAUUAUGCAACUUUGAGGCAGAGGGAGACAGCCACAUAAGGCAGAGCCGAUCUUGUGUGUCAUGAAAGAGCAGCACAUGGUUAGAUAUUUAAAGGAUGAUGAUGCUUGCCACCAACAAUAAUCCUUUUGGAGUUUUCUGUCUCAGGUGCCAAAGUAAUUUGAUCACUCUCCAAUACUUUAGAUGCUGGGGUGCUGUCAGCUCCUUUUGCUGCUCCAACUCAGCAAGCAAAAAGUCUGAGGUCUAUCAAGCCAAUGUUGGGCUAUUCCAUUGCACCUUUUGUUGCAGACAUGGGAUUGUUGCAUGUCACAUGUCUGUUUACUUUCCAGCACAGAUUGCUGGGUCCCGUGAGGAGAACUUCCACUCUGUGUAUUGCUUUUCUUUUGAGACUCCAAGAAGACAGCAAGGAGAGACGAUAUGUUUCUUUGUUCUGAUUUAUGUAAAAUAAAUCCAUAGUUUUAGUAUGUAUCCACAGCCUCAGCCUCUUCUGUUGUGCAGUUUACACUGCUACAUAUAGUGUGCUCAAGUCAGCUAGCUUGAGUCUCUGAUUUACAUCGAAGCCAGAGGUUGAUGAAUCUCAUCAGCGUGAAGGCUGAGAGGGAGAUGAUCCAGCUGGGGGCUAGCCAGGUGGCCUUUUGACCCCCGGAUGCUGACAGCCCUAUGAGGAAUGGUUGAAGGAGCCGGGUAUGUUUAGCCUGGAGAAGAGGAGACUGAGAGGAGAUAGGCUAGCCAUCUUAAUUAUCUUAAGGGCUGUCACAUGGAAGAUAGAACAAGCUAGUUUUCUCCUGCUCUGGAAGGUAGGACUUGAACCAAUGGCUUCAAGUUACAAGAAAGGAGAUUCCGACUAAACAUCAGGAAACACUUUCUGACAGUGAGAGCUGUUUGAUAGUGGAAUGGUCUCCCUUGGGAGGUUGUGGACUCUCCAUCAUUGGAGGUUUUCAAGCAGAGGUUUGAUGGACAUCUGCCUUGGAUGCUUUAGUUGUUAUUUAUUUUGUGGUCUCCUGUGGCAAAGUUGCAUAACUAGCGUGAGUUAUGUUGUCAUCCCUUUAUUCCGCUCCAUUAAUUUCAAUGCAUAGGAAACGCAAUGCAAAUGGACCAGGAAAUGUAAUCAAUUAUAUAUCAUUUGCAGACUGAAAACAACAAUGAAUACCAGCUGCAUCUGCUGGGUUGAUUUCUAUUCCAAACAUUGAAUGAAUAAGUGAGCAUCAUUAACUGCCACUCCUGUUUCCAUUUUUUGUCUGAAUUCUCAAACAUCCCUAAUAGCAUGUUACCUUAUUCACUGUGUAGACACGUGUGAUUAUAUUACACACUAAUAUAAGGAAGUAUUAUACCUUUACACAUCCCCAAAGGAAACUAUCUUGUGAUGUUGGUAGAGAGUAAAAACUGAAUGCUGGGUGGGAAAAGUGUUGUAAUUGAUGCACCAAAAAGCCUGAAUAAUAAUUAUAAUAAUAUUUUUCACUAAAGGGGGCACUCUUGUUUCAAAAGUAGUUCUUGGCUCUGGCUUAAAAAAAAUGAUAUUAAGAAUAAAACAUGGCAAAUAUUCCAAAUAUACAAAUCAAUAUUCCCAAGCAUGCUUGGUUACUGUUUGGAAGGUGUUAAGGUUUAAUUUUAUAGACAACCCUGACUUUAUUUUCCUCCAUCCUUGCUCUCAGUUUACCCCUCAUAGACCAUGCAGUCCUUCUAGGAACGUGAGGCUGGCUGGAGCAUAAAUGCUAACUGUAUCAUGAGUCUCUACAAUGGGAAAUGUUACAUGACCAUUGAACACCAACGGAGAGCGAUUGCGAUUGAUUGCCGUGAUGUAAAGCCUGCCUCAAUGGACUUAAACCAUGUGAUCCGACUAACUAGAUUUACACCCCAUUGUUUUGUCUGGGGAGUCUGCUGAUACCAAGUAUUUCUUUGCUUUGGCAGAGAGGCUGAUUUCCAUCAACCUUUUGAAAGAGGAUGAUGGAUGGAAAUGCAUUUUUCGUAAGCUCCUGAAGUACAGCGAUAAUAAAUCAGCAAAACAUGCAUUAAAAGAACUUUCCCCUGAUUCUGAAUCAAUUUCUUGCUUCAAAACCUCUGUAAUCUACCCUUAUUUAUGUUUGUUCUUUCAUUAAUGCUCCUAUAUUCCUUGCUCAGGGGCGGUGUGAUUGGGAGUUUCUUGAAACAUAGGCAUUCCCCAACUCUAUCAUGGUUUUUUUAAAAAAAUGGUAAUUAUUUUAAAUCAAAUUAUACACAUUAAUAUAUACCCAUCAAUAACAAAACUGCAUUUCCAAGCAUUAUUUCCAUCCUGUACACCCAAUUAAUUGUAAAUAUUAUUCCGUCUUCAUAGAGCAAACAAACAUAAUAAUCCUUUUCAAAUGAAAAGCAACUGGAGAAUUAAACUUUGGUGCCUUUUCAGGAAUACCUAUUUCCACUGGUUAUCUCAGGUUAAUUGUAACAUUAUCUUAAAUUGAGGGCAGGGACUGUCUUACCUCUGAACAACCUUUUUUUGUUUUUUGGCUGAAGAGUGAGAUAAAAAGUUUAAUAAUAAUAAUAAUAAUAUCAUCUUUCCCAUACAGUGCUCCUGCUCUACUAUACAGUUAAUACCUGUUUUCUAGAGAUGACCUCAAUAAGAAGAGUAUCUCUGUAUCCAUUCCUUGAAGAAGCUUAAAGCAGCAAACAAAAGACAUAGAUAAAGAUAAAAAGAAUCUAAGAUCCAUCCAGGGAGCUUCAUGGUUGAGCAGGGAGCUAAGCACCCACUACUGUACUUCAAGCUCAACACUUUCACUGCUAUGUCAACUUCCCUUGAUCAAAAGUGGGAAAGAGAAGUUUCUCCAGUAGUGUUUGCGUAGACAAGUCACUUGUAGAACUGGAACAAUUGUUUUAAUGAGGGAUUUCAGCAUUAAUUCCAUGCGGGCUCCUUUAGAAACUAUCCAAGAGACUGCAUCAUUUUGUGCAUUUAUGUCACCCCUACGUUCUGUCUCUCUUGCAUUUUGCAACUCAAAGUAGUGUUCGUGUGGUUCCUACGUAGAUGGUCUCCCAUCCAGACACUGACCAGGCCCAGACCUGCUACAAAAGCUGAACAGACUCUUCAAUAAAACAGUGAACAGGGUGGCUAUGUUUACAAUUAUGUAGAUAUUUUCAUGUUGUAAGACACUUUGAAUAUGGUAUACAAUGAGGUGAUGCUUCUGCUGCUGAUGUUGAUGAUUAUGAUGUUGAUGUUUAGCUUCAAGAAGUUGAGGGUUUCAUGUCCAUUCACACCAUAGCCUGUAUGGAGAAGCUCUUUCUUCACCAAAUCAUGUAGUUACCUGUCUAUGAGCCUUCCUCCAUCCACCUCCUUCCUUCCACUCCAGAAGAAGGAUAGGGGAAAAGGUCGAUUGGGUUCUGCUGGUGACUCUUGGGAUGAUUUGCAGUAGAUCUGCAAUGGUAAUUGUUGAACAAAAGCCAUAAAACAGCUACCCACUACCUCCCAAAGUUGGCUGCUAGUCCUGAAAACAAACUUCUGGGCUGAGCAUGUGUUCAGAGGCAUUCCAGACCCUCCAAGUGUCCCUAUUUUCCAGGGACAGUCCCAGAUUUACAGAAGCCUUCCUGGCUUCUGAUUUGAUACUGGUAUGUCCUGCUUUUCCUUGGGACAUCCCCAUUUUCACUGGAAAAACGUUGGAGGGUAUGGCAUCCUGAUUCAUCAUUCUAAAUAUACAGAAUAUCUCCUCUGAUGCCAUUUUCCAACUGUCUCUGGUUGGUGAAUCUUGACAUCCCAGUGAAAACUAAGUUUCAAUCUGCCCAUUUAGAGCUCUAGAGUAAGGAUGGAUGGAGGAAAGGGAGGAAGGCCAAUUCUGACCAGGCAACCGGGUGAAUAACAGAGCUCCCCUUUUUCAUCCACUGUAUAGUGUUUUAGAGAAUGCAUCUUGCCAAGACAUGAAGUUACCUGGAGUUUUAUAGGCAUUCUUCCUCACCCCUUAACCUUCCCGGAAACUGGGGAACCUAAUGGAAAGUUUUGUUGGGUGGGUAGAUGGGUUUGUGUGAAUGCACAGGCCGCCAUUUUGAUCUGACCAUUAUUCGCGAGGAAUGUUUUGCCCACUACCCAACCCUAACAAAUAUUCUGCUAAGAAGGCACCUCUCCCUGUUUCUCUCCCCCCCGCCCCCUCCAGCUUUGUUUCCUAUUUGUCAGUAUCUUAAAUGUCUGCUGUUUCAAUUAAAAGUAUUCCUUUCGAUGCCACAGAUCAAUUCUUUUUGGCUGCCGCAGCUCACUUGCAUUAACGAUAAGGGAAAUAUGGCUUAAGUGGUCAUCGGACAAAAGCUCACAGGGCUCAAGUGUAGGAUUAGUUCCCUCAAAGCAGCUUAAUUGUUUGUCUGUAAUUGUAAAAUGCACUUGGACAAAAACAUUGCAUCCACUUUUGCACUUGUCGGCUGCUAAUUCUAAUGGAGCUGUUUAAAAAACACUCAAGAGUUACAAAGGGUGCAAUCAGCCAAUGCAACUGCCGCCUCCCCGCUUUGUUUCAGCGGGGCUUUUGUAAGGGCAAAGCUUAGCCGAAUGUGCUUCAAACAGCAUAUGUCAGCAGUUGGCUGCAGUUCUGUAGAAUCUUACACUUAUAAAUAUAUGUUCCUGGUGGAUAAGGUUGUGUACUCAGCUUGGCCUCUUGUAACAGCAGAAAUAAUCCAUUGUUGCUUGUUUGGGUGCCGGGAGACCUCUUGCCAAACUGAGAAGACAGGUGAGUCAGUUGCAAUUAUGCUUGUAGGGAUGUUGUCUAUCUAAACUUUGUAUGUUAACCUGGAUGAAGACUUGACAUUUUCAUCCCCCAAAAAGUUUUUGAUUUGAGUUUCCAUUGAAAUGAGGCUGUAUUUUUAUAUAUUAUUGUUGUAUUUUAAUCUUGUUUUUAAGUUAUAUUUCAAUCAAUUUGUUUUAUAAUGGGUGUUAGCCGCCCUGAGACCAGUCUUGGCUGGGGAGGGUGGGAUAUAAAUAAAUUUAUUAUUAUUAUUAUUAUUAUUAUUAUUAUUAUUAUUAUUAUUAGUCACAGAAAGGUGGGAGAAGGCAGGUAAAGUGACAAAGAAGAUCUCUGCUGCCAGAUGGAGUAUUCCGCUGAAUGCUAGGUGCUGGUAAGCUCAGGUGAGAAGAGUCCUACUCAAGGUCCUACUUGCAGCUUUCCCAUGGUCAUCUAGUGGGCUACUGUAAGAAAAGCAGACCCUCCAAGUGUCCCUAUUUUCCAGGGAUAGUCUUGGAUUUAUUGAAGCCAUUCCAGUUUCUGAUUUGAUCCUACAAUGUCCCACUUUUCCUUAGGGUGUCCCCAUUUUCAUUAGAGAAAUGUUGGAGGGAAUAAUAAUAAUAAUAAUAAUAAUCUCUUACUUAUACCCCACCCAUCUGGCCAGGCCUCCCCAGCCACUCUGGGUGGCUUCCAACAGAAUAUUAAAAACACAAAAAGCAUCAAAUAUUAAAAAACUUUCCUGUUUUCUAAAAGUCAGGUAGUUGUUUAUUUCCUUGACAUCUGUUUGGAGGGCAUUCCACAAGGUGGGUGCCACUACCGAGAAGGCCCUCUGCCUGGUUCCCUGCAACCUCACUUCUCAUAGUGAGGGAACCACCAGAAGGCCCUCGGAGCUGGACCUCAGUGUCCAGGCUGAACGAUGGGGGUGGAGAUGCUCCUUCAGGUAUACUGAGCCGAGGCCAUUUAGGGCUUUAAAGGUCAGUACCAACACUUUGAACACAUUAAUUUUACAGUUAUAAAUAUUAUGAUUUUACAUUGUGCUGAUCCCCAGUCUUUUAAGAUUAGGUGCCCCAUGUUCUGCCACUCUUUAGAAACUCCAGUCCUUUUUUUUUUUUUUUAGCCUAUUGGUUUCAUCUGUUUUCAAUUCAAAGGUGAAAUUGACAUCUGCGGGGAAUUUCCGAAAGGCAGCUCUUUUGUGUUUCUGUUUUUUAAAAAAUGCUUUUUGUUAGAAAACCACCAGUCUGGAGGGUCUGGAGGGACCCUACUUACUACACACUAUACUAUCAAUAUGACCAACAAAUUAGGACAACCUUCUUCAAUGGGCAUCAAAAGCUUGAAAUUGUCUCUAAAUGAACCUUAAUGGCGUUGGGUGGUUGGUGGUUACUAGCUUUUGGAGACAUCCCAUCACUUCAAGUGGAAGCAGAAAGAAAAUCUGAGUGCAUCAACAAAGAAGCCUGACUUGUUCAGCUGACUGGCUGGAUAAAAACAACCACCAUGCUUGGGUGGUGGGAGCAUUAAUGCACACUGCUUGUCUUUGGGGAACUGAUACCGCUUUAGGGACUGGUACUGCCUGCUUAGCUGUUUGCCUGCUCCCCUAUGUUCAGUUUCUUUCUGAACAAACAGGCAUCUGA